AUGCCUUCAAAAGAGGACCUAGCCUCUAUGCUGGCAAAACUGGAGGCCUCUAUGCAGGAAAGACUGUCCUCCAUCACCACGGAAGUCCGCCAGAUAGGGAUCGGGGUGGGGGACCUGGAGGAGGACAGGGACAAUAUACAGCUCAGGUUGCACAAUAUAGAGCAAAGACAAGAUGCUCAAGAGUCCAAUAUAGCCCAAAUAAUGCGUCGAGAAGACCUCGACAACCGGGGCAGAAGAAAUAACCUCCGAGGCAGAGGCAUGCUGGAGGCACAGGGGGAAUCUGAAGACGUCAGGGACACCCUCCAAACUCUCUUCAAUAAUAUUUUACAAUGUGCUACAGAUACCCCUAUACUACUAGAUAGGGCGCACCGUUCGGUGAGGCCCCGAGGACUCCCACAGGAGACCCCAGAGACAUUAUCUGCAGGGUUCACUAGUAUACCCUGA